AUGACCUUCCUAGUAAGUUCAACUCUCCAUUUCGAACCCAAAGACAACCUAAAAAUUCCCCCGAACCAACCGAAACCAGCUAAAAACGACGUUGAGACCCUUUUCCUUGAGGUUCGAAGUGUUCAACUGUUUCAGACACCCGAUCUCAACCUAAUCCCCCAAAUAACCGAAACCAGCGACGAUUGUUUCAAAAUUCCCAGCGAGACCAAGAGGCAUCGAUUCCGCGACGUCGACGCGACGACGCCGUUUCCGGCGAUGCUAGAGCCUCCGUCGAAACGAGCUUCCUCAUUUUCUGCGGCUCAUCCCCGCUGGGACCUUCGCCGCCAGCUUUCUUCUCCUCUUUCUUUCUCGCCUUCCAGCCCUCCAGCCGCCGUUUUCGUCACGUUUUUUUGUUCACUCCGGCCAAACAACAGACUUUUCCCCCGGAUCCCCCCUGUUAACCGUCAGACUAUGAAGCCGAGCAUCGAACGAUGAGGGACGAAAUCCGAUCGAUCUGCCUCCGGGUGACGACCUUCGUCCGCACUGUUCGUUCCGAGACCCUUUUCCAAGGAAAGUACUGUAUUUAGGCGACCAUCUUCACUGUCACUCACGUCGGUCUCUGCUUCAUGGUCGCUUUGUAUGCGGUUCUAGGCGCUUUUAUGUUUCAGGUGAACUAAGUGGAAAGGGAAAUCAUCAGAAGUACUGAUUUUAAUUAGUUGCAAGGAGCGUUUGAAUAAUGUUUGAAAGAGCAUAGUCAGAUAACUUUUCAAGGUCUCAAAAAGAAAAUUACUUUUUCCUUUUUUUAGUUUAGAGUUUUACGUUUUUGAAAAGCGAGGACUUUUUGAGAUGAUUUUAUUCGAUUCAAAAAAAGAUAAAAAAAUUCAAGAAUUUGAAAAAGUCGUAAUAAUUGACAUUUCUAUGAUUCAUCUUAAUUUUUUUACUUGAGAAAUUUUGAGUUAGAAUUUUUAAAAAAAUAGGGUCACAUCCACAACUCGUUAAAUGAGAAAUUAUUUUUUUCAGUCAUUAGAACUACCCCAAGAACUCGCAUCCCAAGGACAUGUUAAAAAUAAAACGAUGCAGGUAUAAAUAUUCUCAAAAGUUAAAUAAAGUAAUCAAUAUUAAGGUCGUCUUUGAUUUGUACAAUUUUAUCAACAACUCGACGGUGAUUGAAGAAUCCGAGGUGAAGCUAAAAGCUCAUGAAUUGCUCAAAAAAAUAUGAGAUGGUCCUGGUUGAGGCCGUCAAUUUUCAAGGUUUGUUUUAUGAUGUUUUUUAUUUGAUUUUGUCAACUUUUAAGUUAUGUAGUUUUUUCGAAAAUAACAGUGUUUUAAAGAAAUAACUGAAUUUCCUCGCGCACUUGCGCUCCAGUGCAAAAAUUUUGGCUCUUGUACUUUUUUUACGCUUUUUUUCUCUAUUUCUUCAUUUUUCUUUUUUUUAAACUAGUUUUUUUGCAAAUUUUCCAUGGUUCUCCACUAAAUGGUAAGAAAGGAUUUAAAUUUGAUGAGAAAUUACGAAAAAACUAUAAAUUAAUUUUUGGAAUGAUCAGAUUUUUUUUAAUUUUUCAAAGUUCAAAAAGAAAAACGUUGUGGCAGAAAAACUUUUUUUAUUUUUUUACUCAUUGAUAAGAAAUUUAAAGAAAUUUGAUCAUUUUCAAUUUAUUCCACAUCUUCCUAUCUAGAAAUUGUUUUUUUCUUCUAUAGUUUUGUGUUAAAAAUCACAAUUACAAAUUCGAGUUUUAUCAUAAAUUUUUUUCUCUUUAUAAUGCUCCGUUUAAAGUAGUUUCCGCAAAAAUUCGAAUUUAACUCUGAUUAUCUAGAAUUUAGUUAUCUUUUUUUCACUCUCUGAUGGUUAUUUUGAACUUCGGAGUAUCACUUUGAACACGGCAUAAUGAUUAUCAAUAUUUAUUAAGUGCAUUUUUUUUUUUCUUGAUUUUACUGUUUCAUUGAUCUUUUUUCCGUAAGAAUUUUCCAUUUUGUUUGAUAAUACGGAUUUCUGUAGGCUACGAUGAACACGACGACGAACGGCCGACCUAUCAAUGGACCUUUUCCGGCGCUCUUCUUUAUUCUAUUACUGUUUUUACAACUAUCGGUGAUUUUUCGAUUAUUCUGUGGUUUCUGCUUUGAAUCAAGAAUGGAAGUAGGCUCUGAAAAAUUUGCAAGUUUAAAAAAGUCGAUAUUCAAAAAUUACUGGUUGAAAUUGGGAAAGUUUAUUAUAAAAUUUAGAUUAUUUUCAAAAGUUUCAUUUAGUAUCAACCAAGACUUUUUCGAAGCUGAAUUUAUUUUGGCUUUCCAAGCACUUUUUAUUGAAUUAUUCAACAUUCCUUUUGAUUAUUUUUGUAACUUUGAACGAGUAUACUAUGAAGUUCUGAUUUUUAAUUGAAUAUUAUUGAUUAUUCCCAGGGUACGGUCACAUUUGCCCAAAAACCCACAGCGGGCAAUUGUUGACGAUUUUCUACUCGAUGUUGGGUAUCCCGCUCAUGCUCCUGUGCCUGGCGAACAUCGCCGAAACCUUAGCUCAGGUUCGUUAUUGGGAAGAGUUUGAUAAUUUAAGAGUAAUUAGUAAGAUACAAUUGAAUUAAUUGAUAUAAAUUUUCAGUCAAUAACUUCAUGCAUGAAAAUUUUAAAAAUACCAAACUUUAAUUUGAGAAAUUUUUUGAGUCUGAGCAACGCAAAAGUUUUGUGUGAACUAAAAUUGAACAAAACGAGGCUCUUCGCUUCGAAACCUUCAUGAAAUCCUGCGAAUGAUCCAUUAAAAAAAACUGGGUUGGAAUAUUUAUUCAUAUUUUUUUUCUUCUUCUGGAUUAAUUUGCAAGAUUUCUUCGAUCAGCAACAAUUUGAGUAUAGGGUCUUGUUCGUGUAGAAAAAUUACAGCCAGAUUUGGGGCCCAACGAGUCAAAAAUCAACUUAUAUCGGUAGAGCGUACUAGCUUCAUUCAUCCACAAGGAAAAAGUUAUUUUAAAGCUGCCAGAAAUUCUGUAUAGAUUUUUUAUGAGCCGAUUUUCAUCGUCACUCUUGAAAAUUGACUAAAAAUGGACGUGGCCUGCCAAUCAGAAACUUAUUUUAUUAGAGCAUACCUGUGCAUUUUUUCAAAGUUAUUUAAUUUUUGAAUUUUUUUUCUUUUUUCGUUAUAAACUAACCUACGUUAUUUUAUACAGUCGUCACGUAAAUUUCGAAUCAGUUUCUUGAAAAAAUCGAAAAUCAAUGGGCGUAUCCUGCCAAUAAGAAGCCUAUUUCGCUAGGGGCACACCUGUACAUUUUCCCAAAAAAAAUUACUUAUGAAAACUUUUUUUUUUGCGAUUUUUGCGUUUUAAUUAAUCCAAGGUAUCUAAUACACCACGUAAUGUUCGAAACGUUCUUCUGAAAAACUCGAAAAUCGAUGGGCGUGGCCUGCCAAUCAGAAGCUUAUUUCGCUAGGGCACACCUGUGCGUUUUGCCUGAAGCAAGUUCAAUCACUUUUGAGUUUUCCACGAGAAAAUUCUCGUCCCAAGCUUUUCCAACCCGAAAAAUGAGGAACUUAAAUGAGGAACCCUUCAAAAAAUCUUGCCCAAUAUCCGCGAUAAUAGACGAACGCAAAAGUCGUGAAAAGGACUUUUCGGGGCUUCUCGACGGCGGUUUUUGGGAAAACGCCGUCGCUAUGUCCCCGGAGGCAAAUCGACUGCACGACGGCCGCCUCACACAAUUCUUCUUUGUGAACUUUUUGGCCGAAAAAUUCCACACUGCAAGGCAAGAAGGAGAAGAAAAAAAGAUGGCUUCUUUUGGGAUGCAAAUAUCAAGUGGACAUGCAGACGAGCCGACGAGAGAAGAGACGGAUAAAUUUAGACCCAUUUGGCGACUAUCGAUCCCCCCUCUCGUUUCUCAAAACACGACAGAUUUUGUUGCCAUUUUUCGAGGCUGAGAGCAAGGAACACUUUGCAGAAAAAGUAACAAGACAACAAAAAAAAUUAAUGUUUUCUGAUGGAGUUCUAUUGAGCAGAACUGUAGGAAUUAUUGCCGUGGAACUCCUCGGGCAAAGUCGGAAUGGUGGAUAAUGGUCGCUAAAAGGGAGAGGCUCAAAAAAGGCCGCAGAAAGGCAGCAAAGAGAGUCCCUUUAUCGAGCCUUCCAUUUUUCUGGGAUUCUACAGGCUCAUGAAAUGGUGGAAAAAGGAAGAGGCAGCAAAAAUGGUGCAUAAGGGCUGAGAAAAGGGCGCAAAAAGAAAGCCUUCAUCACCCUAAAAGGAACGUUUCUAUGGUCCUUUAUGGACCCUUGGAGGGUCCUUCCGACUUUGCCUAUGAAAACAAAAAAAACUUGAGUUUGUCCUGAUUUUUUGAUUUUUUACUUUUUCUGAGAGACUCUGUAUGCACAGAAACCCUACUUUACUUUCAAAAAAAGUAGAGAAGUAGCUGUUCGCUUCAAGACCUAUUUGAACCUUGUCCAUGCACCUUUAAAAGUCUUUUUUUGAACAGGAACUUUCUUCUGGCAAUACGAAACAACUUCUAAUAAACAAAAAGAGAAUUUUCAGUCUGUCCUGUCUUUUUUACUUAGAUUUCUGAAUGACCUUGAACCACCUGAAGAAUUUCGAAUCUGAUUUUUCGCUUCGAGAUCUUUUUGGACUUUGUCCGUGCUCCUUUAAAAAGUAGAUUUUUUUUUUGAAACGUUAGGUUUUCCUGACUUUUUUUCUAGGGACUCUAAAGUACAGAAACUUUAAAAUAUCUUUAAAAAAACAAAAAAAAAUCUCUACGCUUUCAAUACCUAUUUUCAACUUGUCCAUGCUCCUUUAAAAAGUGGUCUUUUUGCCAUUUUUUUCGAUUCUGCAUGUCAGAGAGCAAGGGAAACUUUACAGAACAAGAAGAAAACGUAAGAAGCAAAAAUUCAUUCCAUUUUAAUUAAAUCAUUUUGAACAGACUUUAUGGAUAUUUUCAUUUUAAAAAGAAAGUCAAAAAUAGAAGCUUUAGUUUUAGAUCCUGUGAAAUAAUGGGAAUAUUCAGAUAUUCACGUACAUCUACUUCAAACUGUGCUGUGCCUACUGCCGAUGGCAGAAAAAUCGUCGACGGGUCCGACGGGCGGCCUUGUCCUUCAGAUACCAUCCCAACGCGGCCGUCAACGUCCGAAGAGGUUUCGAAACUCUAUUGAUGGCAAAAAAAUUCACUUCAGCUUAGAACUUACCUUGGUAGAUAGGGGCUCCAGAUUCCUUUUCAGAACAUUUUGGUUUUUCAAAAAAAGUUAAGAAUUAAGAAAGGAAUAGCGAAAAAAGACCAAAAACUGAAAUUUUGGUAUUUGGGGGCCUUUUUUAUUUUUUUAAAAUCCGAAAUAAAACUUUUUAUUGUGAUUUUAAUAGUAAAAUAAGACAUAGAGGUUACUAAUAUUUGCAAAAGUGUCCACUUUAGGAUUUCAGUUAGUGGCAGCUCUAGGGGAGUAGUCCCUAGUUAUGCUCUUUCAGGUUCCCUCAAGGUUUUACCUUACCUCCCCGCACAACUUGCAAAAGUGGAGCUCUUUAGGAAGCACUAUUUUGUUUACUCUAGGGGCCUUUUUAAGCCCCUAAUCCCUAUAGUGACUUCUAAGGCUUUCCUAUGAAUUCCAAGAGCUUUUCAAAAAGGUCUCAACCGCAUAGUAAAGUGACAAUUCUUGUAUAGUCUGUGUACCCCAACUUGGAAUUUCACCGAACGACAUUCCGCUGUUCCGCUGCGCGCCUUUGCGAACCUUGGUCACGCUUUUAAUUUUCUUUUUCUUUUAUAAAAGUAGUCUACUUUCAUGUGAUCCCACAUCAAUAAAAAUAAAUUGAAAGCGUGACCUAGAUUCGAAAGACGCUUCGCGAACGCACGCAGCGGAACAGCGGAAUGUCGUUCGGUGAAAUUCCAAGUCGUGGCAUACAGACUAUAUUAAUUGAACGAAAUCGUCUGUGGACCUCUUAAUGAUCGAUUUUGUCAGUUGCAGUCCAAUCGUCGCGCUCCAACCAACGGUACAACACCGUGCGACGGCACGCGUCCCUCAACCGCGCUCGCAGCAAAAACAGCGACACGAAGAGCGUCCGAAGCUUCAAUCGCUACGACACGACGGCGACGUCGGCGACACCGCGAUUCGACACGAUGUCCCUUCCCGGCCGUCGCAAAGUCAGCCAGAACAGCAGAAGUCCCAACGGAACCCUCCCGCGUAACCCGACCUUCCCGAGAAGGUUGGAUCAACACCAGAACAUCCUGAAACUCGAUGUUCAGCUUCAGAGGCAACCUCCAGAAGUCGAGCACGGCCGUCAACAUGGAGCAGCUCGUGUCUCGGGACUUUGAGGAGGCGAAAAUGAGGAAAAGAAGGGGAAGACAUGCGAUCAGUGAGAGUCCUGCCAGGGAGUAUAAGGGUUCGUUUUUAACCAUUCAUCGCGAAUUGAAAUAUUCUGCCUGUCUGCGUCUCUCUGUUCCCUCUCCGAAAAUUACAAAAAUAGCCCGCCAACAUGAGAGAGAGACGCCGAGAGACGAGGAGGGUGCAGAGAAAUUCCUUUUCAAGUAGCGGAGAAUGGGCUAUAGCUCCACAUGAUCACUUUUCAUUACGUUUUUUCGAAGCUCUAUUUCCCUUCCCCUAACUUCUCCAUCUAUCCACAUAUCCAUCCAACUCCCUUAUCCAAAAACGGGCUGUAAACAUCUUAAAAAAAAAGAUUUAUCAGUGAGAUGUUUUGUAAAGAGGAAUUUAUAGUGAUUAUUUCAAUAUUUUUCAUUUUUACGUUACAGUUUUCUGCAUAAAAGUUAAUCUUCAAUUUGCAAGUUUUUUCUAUUUUUAGAUUUUGCAGAGAUUGUUUUUUGCUGAAAUUUAUUUUUGAGGUAAUUAGAGUGGCAAAGUUUUUUUCAAUUUUUUGUUAAAAUCGAUGGAAAUUUUGUUGGACGGACACACAAAAUUCCUCACAAAUCAAGUUUUGGUUAUGAAUUUGCUCUGAAACAGUAAAUUUCCACUUGGUUGAAAAUUUUUCGUUGACUAUUAAAAAAAUUUUUGGAACGCCAGAGUGAUCCCUAGAGGGAAACACUCCCUGUAGGGAUUCAUAAUUGUGUCCCCUAGCGGGCUAUAAUAUAGGUGGUGCCUAUGGGAGAUUAUCCCUACGCCCCUAAAGCUCAAGUGGCCCCUACAGUGGUCUUUUAACUUUUUUUUUCUCAUUUUUAAGUUAAAAAACGUAUAGGUAAGAACCACGAUCCGGAUUCCCUAUACUGGCCACUUUCGCAAGCUUUAGUGCCCCCUAUAGGGGGAGGUUGAGUGCUCUCUUGAGGGGAACUUGCAAGAACCCAUAGACUGCCCCUCCAGGGACCACUCUGGCAUUCCUGAAAAAAAAGUUUUUCAAAUUAUCUUUUUGCGAAACUUCCGACGUCUUCAGGAGGUCUUCUGGUCCGCGCACAACACCAGGAUGAAGGCGUCGUCGAUCUGAAGGCUUAUGGCGGGUCUGCCGCCGCUUUUCACGAUAUCAUGGUUGGAUCGCAGUAUGAGAGAAAGUAAAUAACAUGAAAUUAGCCUUAAAUUGAAUAUUUACCUGCAGAAAAAGAAAAGAAGAAGGUCAGCCAAACGUCCCGAAUGUCGUCAUUUCGAGAAGUCGCGACAGAGAUGAAGAACCCAAAAGUGACAUCGAGAAGACGGAGGAAACUAGUGUGAGUUUGACGGCAGAGUGGUCCCUAUAGGGGUUAGGGAAAAAAGGUACGAAAAAGGGCUCCUAUAAAGGUAAAAAUAGGUGGACGAUAGAGGUUUGACCCUUACGCCGCUAUAGUAGUCCCUAUAAGGAUCUUUAACUUUUUGUUCAUUUUUGAAAAUUAAAAAGACGUAUUCGAUCGGUUUUUUUCUAUCUGUUGAUCUUUCAUUCUUUAAAUAAAAACGUUCAUUUAUUGAAUUUUUCCGCAUGGUUCUUCUCAUAGAGUUUACAGCAACUGUCGACUAGAAUGUCCCCUAUAGGCGCCACUAUUGCAAGUUUUAGCGACCCCAGGGUAAAGGUGAGGUGAUUCCUUGAGGGAAACCUUAAACGGCCUCUAAGUUUCCCCCAUAGGGACACUCUGAAGCUCCUAUUAAGGAUUCAAAAAAAUUAGGAUCAUAGUUUUUCGAGAAUUUUUUACAAUCUCCUUUAGAUUUUCCACUUGCAAACUCAACUUUUUUUUAUUUUUUGAAAAAUGGAUUUUUUUAUUGUAUUUCUUAAAAUAUCUUGAACAUCUCACGCUUUUAAGUCAAAACUGAAAUUUUCAAAAAAACUCAAAAUUUUUCUCAAGAGAUGAAGUUCCCAAGGAAAAAAUUAGACAAUGUUUUUUUCUUAGUAGACUCUUUAUUCGAGAAAAUCGAUAUUUGUGCAAAUAAAAGUAUUUUUUCAGAUGUCCCUUACAGACGACGAAGAAUUCCACCGACCAGCCACUCAUCAACAUUCCCUCGCAAGAGAAAUGAGGUUUUUUUUCAUUUUUCUUUUUUGAUUGUUCUUCCAAACUAUUUUUCUCUCUCAAAGUUAUCAUGGUUACGUGAUCGAACCAUUUGCUUCAAUGUAAAAAAAUAAUAUAAAUGGCUUUUUUUGCAAAGUUUUCUGUGUAUCUCCAACCUUUGAAGAAUUGAAUCUCUCUCUAAUCAAGUUGUUUUAAAUAUUUGAAACUUUCUUUCUGAACCUUUCUUUGAUAAUAAUCGCCACCCAAGAAAAAGUUAAUCGUAAAUUUACUUAUUUAAUUUUUUUUUUCUUGUUCCAAUUUUCCUUUUUUCCCAAUUUUCCGAUAAGAGUUCUUAAGUGAUAAUUGAAAAAUACGAAUCUUUUAGGGACAUGAAAGAAAUCGGAAUGACGAUGAGUGUCCACAGCUCUGCGCACAAGCAGCCCAGUAUGGACAGUAGCGGAUCUAGAAGGUUCUUUUUUCCGUUUCGGAAUAAAAUCUAACUAGAAACGGACAAUUUGACUUUUUUCUUCGAUAUAUUUCUGGUUUCUUUCCUAACUAGUAUUUCUCACACUGAAUUUAUUUCUCGAUUUACUGAAACUUAUAAAACUUUGGAAAUACGCUCCACUGAUAAGUUCCAUGUUUUUUUCUCGCUGAUCAACUUCAAGUCCCAAAAUAGCAAUAAUUUCCAAUCGGAACUAGUUAUACUGAUUUUAUAGAUCUCACCAUUAUUGCAAAAUAUUAAUCGAUGUGAUGAACUGCAAAGUCCGGAUCUAGAGACUUGCCAAAAUUGAAAAAGAGGACAUAAACGAACUAUAGUCCGUUUAUCGCGACUUAAAAUGGACUUCUCUGCGCCCUCCUCGUCUCUCGGUGUCUCUCUCAUGUUGGCGUGCUAUUUCCGUGUUUCUAUGACCUCGCCGGUGAGGGAACAGAGAGACGCAGACAUUCGAAAACUGUCAAGCCGCGGCAAACGGACUAAAAUCCAAAAUUUGUUCAUUUUCCACUAGCGAUUUUACUCUAUUCUAUCGAAGGUUUGCCUCGAACAAAAAUUUUUUUUUUUGAAUUAGACAGCAUAUGACUCACCGAUUAAACGAUUUUUAGAAGUUUCCCUUAUUAGUUUCCCUCGAAAAGUUAAUGUUAUCGAGUCGAUUUGCUGAAAGUUUUUUUUCUCAUAAAAUGAAUACUGUAAUCUUACAGUAGGAUGCGAGAGUUUGAUGGGAGAUCCUAUCGAUCGGACAGGUCCGAAAGGUCCGAUGAGAUGUCCCUUCACUCCUUGAGAAGACAGGUUUGGACUUUUUAUUUUCUUUGUAAAAACUAUAUAUUUUCUGAGGAAAGUCGAAGCGGUCUCUAGAGGGGCAACCUUAGGGUUUUUAGGUCCCCCUCAAGAGGGCAUCCUUAUCUCCCCUCAUAGGGACACUGAAGCUUGCAUGAGUUGCCACUCUAGGGGGCAUUAUAGUGGUCUCUACAUCAAAUCAGAAAAAAAAUCAAAAUAUUACUAUAGGGACCUCUUAAGCUUCAGGGGCUUAAGGGUCAGACCCUAAAAACUCUAGAGGGGUCACUUUUUGGCCCAAUAUUUGAGGUUUCCCCUAACCCCUCCAGUGAUCACUCGGGCGCUCCUAUGUUUUGCUUGGGUCAGAAAGUUCAGAAUCGCUCCAGAUUAAUCUAGUUUUAAUCAUCAAAAACUAGAGAGCACUGGUAAACAAGAGAGCUUUUAGAGAAAAAAAAACGGCCGCUCUCUCAAUUUUGAACGCUCUCUAACUUUUGAAGAUUCGAGGCUCAAAAUAUAUACAGUUCAAAAAAAGUGAUUUCAAAUUUUCUGAGAAGGUUUGUUCUGUCAGAUUUUGAAUUACAUUUUUUCUCUGUUUCUGUUUUUUUUUUUUUGGAAAAUUGACGUUCUGUCUUGGAGUUCUCAUCUUUUUUUAGUUGAAAAGAAAAAUAUAUAAAUUCAUUUUUUUCAAACUUCAGAACUACCGAUCUAGCGAGAAGAUGCCUGUUAGCGUUGGUAUUUGCAUCGUUUUCGCCUUUAUUUCGGGUUUGUUUCGAUUUUUUGUUCCUUGGGGCUUUUUUGUGUUCAAUAUUAUGGCGAAGAAAUAUUAAAGUUCAAAAUGAAGUUUCAAAAUUUAACUUGAAAAUUCAAAAUCGUACCAAUUUUUGGAUUUCUUUGCAUAUUUAAAAAAAAAAGGCUUCAAGUCAGUAUUUGAUUUUUUCUGUCAAACAGGAUUUAUUUAUUCAAACUCAUGAUUUCUCUUUAAUAUUGUCAAUAUUUCUUCCCUUCUCUAUAUUACUUUUAGAACAUAUAAUCCAUUUAACCUGUUUUCAUUUAUUGAUAAUCAUAUUUUUGUUGAAGUUUCUUCUUUGGCUUUUAUGAAAAUCUUUGGAUUCAGAAACGCUUGUAGAUUAUGAAUUUUCGUAGAAGAAACGUUUGAGAAACUGUGAAAUGAGAAAAGAAGAAGAGCCACUUGAAAUCGGAGGAUCUUUUGAAGACGUCUCAUUCUUUCAAGUGCGAAAAAGUGACCAUCUUGUUUCAUUUUCUAAAUUUCUGGAAAUCUACAAGAUCAGAAAAAAUCUUUGGUCACCUGGGAGAUGUUAUUUUAGAUGUAACUUUUCCACAAACAUAAUUUUUUUUCAAUGAAAAAAAUCGAGUAUAUAACAAAAAGCUACCCUUUGGGUCAGAAGUCAAGAUUUAAGACUGAAAUUAAUAUUCGCUAACAUUUGAAAGAGGAAACUGGACUUUGGAAGUUUGAAAAAGUAGAAAGAGCUUACUAAAUAGUGGCUGGAUCCGAAAAACCUGAGAAAAAUGAUUUUCGAAAAAACCCUAGUACAUAUUUCACGUCCGGUUUUUAGUGCGAUAUUCAAGUUUUUACGAGGAAAAGAUGAUUUUUAAGGGAAUGGAAAAAGAAGAGGAAUUUUUUUCUGGUGAUGCUACAUUAUUUCUACAUAUAUUCGCCUUUAAAAAAAGUUAAUUUAAAAAUUUUUUUAUUUUCGCCCAGGGAAGAACUGUGCACUAUAGAAUAAUGAGCUCGAUUUGCGACAUGGAUUUUUGGACUUUUUCAUAGGUAUUUUGCACUUUUUAAAGUCCCUUCUUUUUUUUUACGGCCUCGAGAGUAUUUUUAAAGACUAGAUUUGGAAUCAGCAUGAAAAAAUGCAUCUAAUGAACCUCUUCACAUUCAGCCGUUCCAUAAAGAAACUUAAAAAAAGAAAAAAAGCAAAAAAUUUUAUCUAAUUGCAACGGAGAAAAAAUCCCCAUAAUUCAUAAUAAUCAAGUUCGAAAUCCAGUAACACCUGUGAAAAAUUUUCCAAAAAGGAUUUUAUAGGUGGCGCGACGCUAUUUUCCUGGUGGGAAGGCUGGAGAUGGUUCGACGGCGCCUACUACUGCUUCAUCACUCUGAGCACCAUCGGCUUCGGAGACCUCGUCCCAGGACAGUCGCUCGACGAGGGAAGCCAGGAGAAAUUGGUCGUCUGCGCCUUGUACCUCCUCUUCGGCAUGGCUCUCAUCGGUCGGUAUUUCGCUUUGAGAUUUAAUAAAUAACCUUUUUAUGACGUAAUUUUUGUUAUAGUUGUCAUGUUUCAGCCUGGAAGAUGUUGUAAAGCUUUAGAUUCAAAAUUUCGAAAAAAUGAGCAUUUCAGAUCCAAAUCUCAUUUUGAAAAGUAACUUUUACACAUUUCAUAUAGUUUUACAACGAGGAAAAACUUGAAAUUAGAUUAGAAAUCUCUCAUUGUUCACCUUGAAAAACUAGAUUUUCUACAAGGUUUCAGAUUCUUUACGCUUUGAAAGCUUCAAGUUGAGAAUAUCUAAUUUUGAAAAAAAAUCAAAAAAAACUAUCAAGUUUAGACUUCUAAAUGAACAAAAAAACCUUCUUUUUCGGGAAACCUAAAGGCCAUUUAAGGAAGUUUUUUUGUUGUUUUUGGAAUAGAAUUUUUUUGAUCGAUUUCAAUGGUCCCUAGUUAAGGAAAAAUCAAAUUUUAGGAUUCUAAAAAAAUAUUUUUUUGGGUCGUUGUUCUUUAUGAGAAUCGUGAACAAGAUCAAAGGAAUAAAAAAUCUUCUAAAAUAAUAUUUUUAGACGAUGAAUUUGUAAUACUGGGAUUAUAAAGAGUCUGAAAAGAAUUAAUAAAAAUGAAAAAAAUUUGACUCAUUUUUUUACUUUUUCAGUCUUUCCCGAUAACUGUCCAUUUUUUCUGUUUCUCUGAAAGUUCUUAAUUAACUUUGGCGACGUUUGGCAUUAUUCCCAAAAGGUUAAAGCCCGCAUUCCUAUAAUAGAUUUAUAGGCUAAAAUCUCUUUGAAGCCAUUCAGAAAAAAAUUCUAGUUUCCCGAAAACUUUUAGUCCAUUUAGAACAGCAAAAAUGACCUUUUGGAAUGGGAAACCAGAAAAAACCCGUAAAGAUAAUCGUCACGGGAACUAAAAUCCGUUUUCCACGAUUUGGAACUGUUUUUUUUUCUCUGCGCCCUCCUCGUCUCUCAGCGCUUCUUUGUGCUAAUUUUUUGUUUCUCUGACCUUGCGGGCGAGAGAGCAGAGAGACGCAGACGCGUGAAAAUUGUCAAGUUGAGGAAAAUGGACUAUAUUACUAUUUUUCAUUGGUUUGACCAAAUUUUUCUAGAAAAUAAAUUUCUAACUUUUUCACUAGAGUACUCAUAUUAUUACAAAAAAGUGAAUUGAAUCGGAAUUUCAAAUAAAUAAAUCUUUUAUUUUCAGCCAUGUGUUUCAAGCUGAUGCAAGACGAUGUCGUUCAGAAAGCACGAUGGCUUGGUCAGAAAAAUUGGAAUCCUUG